AUGCCGUCUUCAUCCCGUGCCCUCAUGAUGAGCACAGCCUACAUCGUGCUGGAGCUGAUCAUUGCUGUGCUCGCCAUUGCCGGCAACGUCCUGGUGUGCUGGGCUGUGGCCAUCAACAGCACCCUGAAGAACGCCACCAACUACGUCCUGGUGUCGCUGGCCGUGGCCGACAUCGCCGUGGGCUUGCUGGCCAUCCCCUUCGCCAUCACCAUCAGCAUUGGCCUCGAAACGGAUUUCCACAGCUGCCUCUUCUUCGCCUGCUUCGUGCUGGUGCUAACCCAGAGCUCCAUCUUCAGCCUGCUGGCUGUGGCCAUCGACAGGUACCUGGCCAUCAAGAUCCCGCUCAGAUACAAGAGCCUGGUGACCGGGAAACGGGCAAGAUGGCUCAUCGCCGUGCUCUGGCUCCUGUCCUUUGGGAUUGGACUGACCCCACUGAUGGGCUGGAACAGAGCCCCUGAUGGGCAGGAAAACGGUCGCUGCCAGAAUUCUACUAAUAGCUCGGCGAACCAGCAGGGCUGCUUAAUAAAAUGUCUCUUUGAGAAUGUGGUCACCAUGAGCUAUAUGGUCUAUUUCAACUUCUUCGGCUGUGUGCUCCUCCCACUCUUCAUCAUGUUGGGCAUCUACAUCAAGAUCUUCAUGGUGGCCUGCAAGCAGCUGCGGAAGAUGGAGUUGACGGGUAACUCCAGGACUACCCUCCAGAAGGAGGUCAAUGCGGCCAAGUCUCUGGCCAUCAUCGUGGGGCUCUUUGCCUUCUGCUGGCUGCCCCUGCACAUCCUGAACUGCAUCACCUACUUCCACCAGGACUUUGCCCACAACAAGCCCGAUUGGGUGAUGUACAUGGCUAUCAUCCUGUCCCAUGCCAACUCGGUCAUCAACCCCAUUAUCUACGCCUACAAGAUCAGGGACUUCCGCUGCACCUUCCGCAAGAUACUCACCAAGUACAUCCUCUGCAGGAUGGAGGACGUCCCCAAGGGCUCCAAUGGCAACAUCCGGCACCUGACUGUCAGCAACCUCAACUCUGCUCCUGUGUUUAUCUGA